GUGCUCCUCUACUUCACUUCACAAAAUACUCUCUGUUCCGAGUGUAGUCCCGAGACCGACAAACACCAACCCGGUGUGCAGGUGAAAAUGCGAGCCCACACUGUCCCUGUGCCACCGCAAGCCCUCCCGGAGAUGACACUGUUGCGAGGCCACACAUCACCAACUAGAGUAGCCGAUAAAAGCGCUUUUUUAGCGCUUCAAAGCACCGUUCGAAAUUGCAUUCCUGUAGUCCUGCCCACGAGUAAAGGACCGUUAGAUCUGGCAUCGGAGGUCUUCGGCUCCACUUCUGCGGCCUUAAAAAGCCUUCAAAGGGUCUCCAGCGAUGAGAAUAUAGCUGCCAGUUUUCGAUUUAAAAAGGUCCACCUUAAAACAGUGACACCAGAACAAAUACGCAGGUGGGAGACCAAUUUCACCUUCCUCCUGAACGAUCCAGGUAAUUGCCUUUGGGGUGGAUAG